GACAGAGUGGCGACCUCGGUGGUCGAUUGAGCAGGUCUGAGAAUUGUUCCCAAAGGGCUGUGCGUCAUUGACUCGUCGGCGCUGUCAUGGCGGGUGUACUGAAGAAGACCACUGGCCUUGUGGGAUUGGCUGUGUGCAGUACUCCACACGAGAGGCUAAGUGUAUUGUACACAAAGAUUCUUGAUGUUCUUGCGGAAAUCCCUAAAAAUGCAGCAUAUAGAAAGUAUACAGAACAGAUUACAAAUGAGAGGCUGGCUAUGGUUAAAGCGGAACCAGAUGUUAAAAAAUUAGAAGACCAACUUCAAGGUGGUCAAUUAGAAGAGGUGAUUCUUCAGGCUGAACAUGAACUAAUUCUGGCAAGAAAAAUGAGGGACUGGAAACCAUGGGAGCCAUUAGUGGAAGAGCCUCCUGCCGAUCAGUGGAAAUGGCCAAUAUAAUUAUUAAGUGACUUUGAUGUGUUGAUGGGAAACUGAUGUAAUUAAAUAUACUGUUAUAUUAAGAGUGUUUUCAUCUUACUGACAUUUUAUAAUCAAGAAAAGUGAUAUAGAAAAUAUCUAGGAGACUGUUAAAAUUGGUGAUUAUGGUAAUACGGUCAUGUGAAUCCAUUUUUGAUUUAUAAAGUAUUCACACAAAUUAUUUCAAAGAUGAUAUUUCUAUGAACAGAGAGGUCAUGGGAAGAUUUGAAAAUUAUUAAAGAAAAAUUCCUACAGAUCUUCAAUGCAGAGACUAUAAUUAAAAAGUAAAGUUUCUUCAGUAGUCUGUUCAAUACGUCAUUUAAUUUUUUUAAGUUAUCCUGAAGAAGAAAAGGUCCUUAAUAUAGUCUAAACAAAUUUAUAGAUCAUUGUUUGAAGUAAAUAAUACGAGUGAGUAUUUUCAAAUGUGAUAAAAUGGCACAAGUGACUGGUGAUAAAAUUUGAAAUUAUGGUUAACCUCCUUAGCUGUGAUCUUAUGUAUGUAAAAUAAAACUUAAAUAUAUAAUUAUAAUGUUGGAUUACAAAAUCCAUAAUGUCAUUUUAUUUUAGUCAUUAUUUUUUGAAUUAUAUCAUUUACUCUGUUUUCUUAUAGUCUUUAUUAUAUUUUGUUGUUACUAUGUUAUAUUUGAAAACCAUCAAAUUCAAAUACAUUGUACAGUUGAAGAAAUUGACUUAGUACUUAAAAGAAAGAUUUCCCAUUUCAUAGAGGUUAUUGGAGAAACUUUUCCUUUUGUUGCAUUUGUGGAAGUUAGUUUUCUGGCCCAUGGCCUUUAAUUUUCUUAAUCAACCUAAUUACAUCAGGAUAGAGGUAGAGUUUCUGUAAAAGAAGAGACAUUAAGAGUUCCUGAAAUUUGUAUCUGGCAUACGGAUAGGCUUAUAUUCAAAACAUCUUAGUCAUGUGACUAAAUUCAAAGUGGAAUCACUAAAUAGUUUGCAGUACGUUUCUAACAUAACUGUAGGUGGGUAUCAAAACAAGACAAAUGCUGUUCAGGGAAAGAAGUUGGCAAGCUUAAGGUUAAAAAUAAAAUUACAUGUGUUUUCGCCUUUU